CAAAUGAUAUAGUCUAUUUGCAUAGCAUUUUCAUUGUAUUAGAUAUUAAAAAUAACCUAGAGAUGAUUUAAAGCUUGGUGAGGAUCUGGGUGGAUCGUAUGCAAAUACCAUGCCAUUUUACAUAAGGAUAAGGCACUUGAGCAUUGUUGAGAUUUUGAUCUCUUCAAAGGUUGUAGAACUAAUCUCCUGCUAAACUGAGCUUUACUCUCCCACAGUGCCUGACAUACAUGAUGCUAAAAUCCKAGUGGCUAAUUGCAUAAGUAAAAGAAAAAAUUUAUGUAUUUGAAGUAUUUUCUUAUCUUACCUCAGAGUAAGCCCUAAGUAUAGGUUAUGGGGUGCAGUACUGUCUCUAGGGAGUGUACUGAAAUUUUGUGGGGGAAGUUUUUGUCUUUGUAGUUCUCUUAUCUGGUGCCCAAAGCAUUUACAUUACGAAAAACCUAUUAUUGAGUUAUUUUUAAAAAUUGAUAUCAGUACAGCAUUUUACGAAAAACUACUCUGUUUUGUCUUUAUAUGAUUAGAACAUUAUACUGAUUUCUUAAAAUUAUUUGUAUAAGUAGUUUAUAUUAUGAAUUUAAUUCCAGGAGAGUGAAGUGGUGUUAAAAUUCUUUUUAAGUACAGGGCUUAGCAGGGCAGGAUUGAGCUCUUCUGACUAAAAGAUCAUUAAGCUCCAGCAUACGAAGUUUUUAGGAUUCUAAGAUGCAACCUACAAGAAGCUGGUGUACRUUGAUUUCAACAAUCAGGCUUUCACUUUAAGUAACUGCAUAUUUGAGGAUUAAUGUGGCUCAGUGGAGCGCUGCUGUCAAAGCACAAAGGGUCCACGACUGGGAUGGGGGUGGGGAAGAACAUCGAGGCGCCAAAGAGCUCUCACGCGUCCGGGCCGUGAAUGUGCGCGUGAAUGUGCGCCGAGUUGCCUGGAGGGUGAGUCGUUUCUUUUUGCUUUGGUUUGUAUUCUUCAUUUUAACAAUGAUGGGGUGGGGGGAAGGCUGAAGGGAAGAGGAGGGGCGGUGACGCCGUCCGGUUUUCCCGAAAGCCUGGGUCCUCAGCUGGUCCGCUGCGGGGCUGGUUCACACUGAGGCAGUGGGAUUUGAAGACCGGGGCUUGGGCAGAACCCUCCAGAAGAGCUYGUGAGCGGGUAGCAGUGCUUUUGAGGUGCAGAGGGAGCAGAGAAAGACUUUGUCUCGCAGGACGAUUUAAAGUGAGGUUGGACUGAACUUUUGGCGUCAGCGGUUGCAGCCGCGGCUCCUGGUGGAGUGGGGGCGAAAAGAGGUGGAGCUGCCGCUGACCGGGGGCGCGGGACUGUUGAUAGCGGGUGGGGCGGUGCGGCUGGAAUCUAGACGGGCCCCAGAAAGGCGGGGUUUCUAGUGACAGUGGGCGGGGCUUCUGCAGAAGGGCGUGGCUUGGUAUUCCGACCACCAGGACAUGGUGUUUGCAGUGACAGCGGCAUUUCAGAGGAAGACAGCGUGCCCACCUCUCAUGGCCUGACCAUCGCCGUAGGAGGGCGGAGCGCCCCGAAGGCAGGGCUGCCUUCUGGCCCGAGAGGGCACCGGCUUCUGACGAUAGCGGGCGGAGCUAGCGCGGGCAAGGGGCGGGGCCGCUUUGAAAGCGGGGAAGGCGGGGCUUAUGUUGACAGGGGGGCGGGGCAGUUCCCUACCUCCAGCGACUCUUCUAUGCUGGAGAGUGGCCGGGGUCGGAUCCCAAGGGAGCCGCAGGGUCCAGGCGUGGGCAGCCUGGCUCAGCGCGGGGUUGGGGCGCACGGAGGGCCCCGCCUCGGCCAGCUCACUCCCCUCCCCUCCGCCCCGGCUAGCCGCUGGGGCGCGCGUCUCUCCUGGCACCCCUACCCCGGGUCCCCGCUCUCUGCUUGGCCGCCGAGCUCUGAGGCCCCUGUGCGGGACCGCGGAGUGGUUCCGGGUUUAGGGUUCACAGGUCAGAGUUGACUCCCUGAAAAGUGCAGCCGGUUUGAAAUGCAAGAUGGCGGCGGYGGGGCUCUGAGAGGCGCGGCGGCCCCUGCAGGAGAAGACUGAUAAGUACUUUGGACCUGUUGGUAAUGAUGGCCUGAGCUACACACCUAAUUUGAAGGGUUACCCUUCCGUUUCAAAGAACAUGAUGCUGAGGAAGCUAUGGCAAGUGAUUGGAGUUGUGCUUCAAAAAUUUCAGCAGUUCAGCGGUAUUUUAUCUGCCAACAAUAAGCUCUUUACUUGAUUGAACCAUGAAAAAGCUGCUAAUGAGACUUGUUGAGCACAAAAGUGGACUUGCAGAACCAAAAGCCAUUGUUUUCAAAUGAAUAAUCCUGAACAGUUUUAAGCUUCAAUGCUUUUUAAUCACCACUGAAAUUUUCCCUGUAACAUCAGCAUGGCAAGCAGGAGAAAAUCAACAAUACCUUGCAUGGUCCUCGCCAGUGAACAGGAUCCAGACCUUGARUUAAUAUCAGAUCUGGAUGAAGGUCCUCCUGUACUUACGCCCAUAGAAAACACCAGGGCAGAGAGUAUCUCAAGUGAUGAAGAAGUUCAUGAAUCUGUGGAUUCUGACAAUCAGCAAAAUAAAAAAGUUGAAGGUGGCUAUGAAUGUAAAUAUUGUACUUUUCAAACUCCAGAUCUAAAUAUGUUUACUUUCCAUGUGGAUUCAGAACAUCCCAAUGUAGUGCUAAAUUCAUCCUAUGUUUGUGUUGAAUGCAACUUUCUUACCAAAAGGUAUGAUGCACUUUCUGAACAUAAUCUGAAAUAUCACCCAGGAGAAGAGAAUUUCAAGUUGACUAUGGUGAAACGGAAUAACCAGACAAUCUUUGAGCAAACAAUAAACGAUCUGACUUUUGAUGGUAGUUUUGUUAAAGAGGAGAAUGCAGAGCAAGCAGAAUCCAUAGAAGUUUCUUCUUCAGGUAUCUCUAUCAGUAAAACUCCUAUCAUGAAAAUGAUGAAAAAUAAAGUAGAAAACAAACGGAUCACAGUCCAUCAUAACUCAGCUGAGGAUGUUCCUGAAGAGAAAGAGAAUGAAAUCAAGCCAGACCGUGAAGAAAAUGUGGAAAAUGCAAAUUCUUCAGCUUCAGAAUCUAAUACAAGUACUUCUGUUGUAAACAGAAUGCACCCCAAUACUGCCAGCACAGUAGUGACCCCCGCGGCUGUUCUUCCUGGACUAGCACAGGUGAUAACUGCAGUGUCUGCUCAGCAGAACUCUAACUUGAUUCCCAAAGUCUUAAUCCCUGUUAGUAGCAUUCCCACCUACAACGCUGCGUUGGAUAACAAUCCCCUUUUACUUAACACCUACAACAAAUUCCCUUAUCCAACAAUGUCAGAAAUUACAGUUCUUUCUGCUCAAGCAAAAUAUACAGAGGAACAGAUCAAGAUAUGGUUUUCAGCCCAACGUCUUAAACAUGGUGUUAGCUGGACUCCUGAGGAAGUAGAAGAGGCAAGAAGGAAGCAAUUCAAUGGGACAGUACAUACUGUACCUCAGACCAUAACUGUCAUUCCUACACACAUUUCCACUGGGAGUAAUGGUUUACCAUCUAUUUUACAGACAUGCCAAAUAGUUGGUCAGCCGGGUCUGGUUCUCACUCAAGUAGCCGGAACAAACACUUUGCCAGUAACAGCACCUAUAGCCUUGACUGUGGCAGGGGUUCCAAACCAAACAAAUGUACAGAAAAGUCAGGGACCUGCUGCUCCGCCUGUUGCAGAAACAAAGCCAGCAACAGCAGCAGUUCCCCCUUCUCAAAAUGUCAAACAUGAAACUGCACUGGUAAACCCUGAUUCAUUUGGCAUUCGAGCAAAAAAGACUAAGGAGCAACUGGCAGAAUUAAAAGUUAGCUACCUUAAAAAUCAGUUUCCCCAUGACUCUGAAAUUAUCAGACUUAUGAAAAUAACAGGCCUGACAAAAGGUGAGAUUAAAAAAUGGUUUAGUGACACAAGGUACAACCAGAGAAAUUCAAAGAGUAAUCAGUGCUUACAUCUCAACAAUGAUUCCGCUACCACUAUCAUUAUAGACUCCAGUGACGAAACCACUGAAUCCCCAACUGUGAUUACUUCACAGCAUAAGCCAUCCUGGAAUCCUUUUCCUGACUUUACUCCCCAGAAGUUUAAAGAGAAAACUGCCGAGCAACUUCGURUUCUUCAGGCCAGUUUUCUCAAUAGCUCCGUACUUACGGAGGAAGAAUUGAAUAGGUUAAGAGCGCAAACCAAACUUACUAGAAGGGAAAUUGAUGCAUGGUUUACAGAGAAGAAGAAAUCAAAAGCUUUAAAGGAAGAGAAAAUAGAAGUAGAUGAAAGCAAUGCAGGUAGUUCCAAAGAAGAAGCUGGAGAAACUUCUCCUGGAGAUGAAUCUGCCCCACCUAAAUCCGGGAAUACAGGCAAGAUUUGUAAAAAGACACCUGAGCAACUGCACAUGCUUAAAAGUGCGUUUGUCAGAACACAGUGGCCAUCACCAGAAGAGUAUGAUAAGUUGGCUGAAGAAAGUGGGCUUGCUAGGACAGACAUAGUUAGUUGGUUUGGGGACACCCGUUAUGCUUGGAAGAAUGGAAACUUGAAAUGGUACUACUACUAUCAAAGCGCCAAUUCGAGCAGUAUGAAUGGUCUGUCAUCCCUUAGGAAAAGAGGAAGAGGGAGACCCAAAGGACGGGGCCGAGGAAGACCUCGUGGACGGCCUAGAGGAGGCAAACGAAUCAACAACUGGGACAGGCCACCAUCACUCAUAAAAUUUAAAACUGGAACUGCAAUACUGAAGGAUUAUUACCUGAAGCACAAGUUUCUUAAUGAGCAAGACCUUGAUGAACUUGUCAACAGAUCACAUAUGGGUUAUGAGCAGGUCAGAGAGUGGUUUGCAGAAAGACAGAGAAGAUCUGAGUUAGGAAUAGAAUUAUUUGAAGAAAAUGAAGAGGAAGAGGAAGUCAUUGAUGAUCAGGAAGAAGACGAAGAAGAAACAGAUGAUAGUGAUACUUGGGAACCCCCACGACAUGUGAAGAGGAAGCUUUCUAAAUCAGAUGACUGAAAUCUGCUUAAAAUGUUGAAGGAGAAUCAGUUCUUCAACUCAAGAUGUCUGGUUUACUGUGAAGGGGCCCAAUCUUUGAUGACACUGAAAAUGUUUUGGGGCUCUCAAAAAACAGGAUCCAAUAUCCAAAAGAAAUGGAACUUAAUAUUGUGCCAAAGUUAAACUACUGCAGUUGGUGGAAGUUCUGCAAUGUAAAUAGAACACUAAUUAAAAAACGACUUGUAAAAAUUCAGAUUUUAAUACAGUACAUUUUUAUUCUGAUAUGAUAGAGACAUUCUGAAUCUUGGACUUUCUGAGGGAGUUUAAUGACCACUAGAGCUUGUCCUCAUAUUUAGUCCAGCUUACUACUACUGUGUGUCUGGUAAGAAGGGCUGGAUUGCCUGUAUUCUUUGAUAUGUGAUUAAGCUUAUAGCUUUGAGUGACCAAACAUUUUACAGAGUAAAAAUUGUUAGGAAUGGGAAAACAGAAAAACCAAACCUGUUUUAUUUUGUGUCUUAUUUAUCAGGCCCUGCACCAAGAUUAAAAGUUGUAUAUGGGCUUAUACAACUUCAAGUAUUAAAAUAGCCUCUAUACACAUGUUGAAACAAUAAGUUUUGUGGUAUCGCUGGCCCUUAAUGAUCGGAUCUUUAAUUAAACACACUCAAGGAUGCCAUAAUCUCUACUUGUAAUAUUUCUGUUACUUUUCUCAUUAGAAGCCAAUUUGCUUUUUAUUAAAUAGAAGAUAAUACCGAAGAAGGAAAAGAAACUGGUAAGAAGUUGAAUAGGGUGAAACUCUAAAAUAAAUGUUGUACCAAAAAAAUGUGAAAAAGAAUCAUGUAAAAUAUAUGUAGUGUUUUCUUACAAUCAUGUGGGAAUCAGAAAUGUUCAUACAGAUGUCAGAUCAGAAUUUUCAUUAUCUUUCAGUGAAAUUCUACAUUGUGUAACAAUUUCGUUGACUAGAGAAAAAAUUCUGAACUGAUCCUAAUGAGUUAAGAGUUAGCUUUUCACUUAUGAAUCAUGGGAAUGUUAACUGUUAACUCUUAUCAUACCAGGAGACUGAAAGUUCAUACUGAUUUAUAAACUUUGUAAAGACCGGUGCUGUUCAUUCAUGUUGAGGACCCUUUAUUUUGUGAUCAUAGGACCAUUUUUCAAAAUGUGGUUUCUUCAUAGAAGAAAUGUUCAGUUUAAUUAGCUUUGAAUUUUAAAAUGUUUUUCUGAAUGAUCACAUGUAGUGGGCUUGGCCAGUUUAUUUUAUCUAAUUUAAUGAAUAAUAAAUAUUAAGCUCUUGGUUAAAUGUGUCAGCUAAUGGAAAUGUUAUGAAAAAGCCUUGAAUAUGCAUGCUGCUUUCAUUUUUAUAAACUGUUUAUUUUUUAACUAUAGCUUUAUUAGUAAUUCCAAAAUGCUGCAAUUUAGCUGAUUUCUUCACUCAGACAGCUGGCUUUGUGGGUGGCUUUUUUCAUACUACUGUUAACAUUUUUUAAAAAGAAGCAAUGUAAAGACUGUAACAAUUGAAUGCACUAAACUGUUUUUUUUCUUUUACACGUUUAAAACUUCUUAAAGCACUCUGUAUUAUGAUUAAAUUGCUCCCUUUUUUAAACCAUUGCUAAUGUGGUCUGAGUUUUGUUCAAUAGUAAUUUUAAUGUUUUCAAAAUUUGAAAUGUUAAGUAUUGGAAAUGAAGCCUUUGAAUAUAUUUAUAUUAUGUUUCCCUUGCAAUAUGUUAACUCUGUAUAUAGUUGUAAAUAACUAUUAAUAAAAAUUUCCCAUCUCUUUUAUAGGCUUGAUAAAAUUCUGCUCUGAUGUUUGCUAGCUUUUAAAUAUAUUUAUUUGACAGAGCAAAAGAACUCUUCUCUCCUGGUUGAUUGUGUCCUUGAAUACAAAUAAAAGUUAGCAGUGAUUAGUAGUUUUCAGUGA